AUGCGGUGGGAGGCGGUGGCGCUGGCCCUGACGGCCCUCGGCCUGCUGCAGCUGCUGCCCGGCAGCACCCAGGACUGCCUGACCAGGCAGCAAGUGGCCAACCUCCUGCAGCAGGUCCAGAAGCUGCUCUCCUCACACGAAGCGGCCCAGCAGCAGCACCUGCGCGACUUCCGGAAGCAGCUGGCGGUGUUGCACGGCACCCUCCAGAGGGCCAAGCCCAGCGGUACUCAGGCAGAGAGCUGUCCCCUCCUGCCAGCUCCCCUGAAUGGCAGACGGCUGGGCCGGAAGCGGGCUGUGGGCCAUGAGGUGCACUUCACCUGCCAUCUCGGCUUCCGUCUGGCGGGCUCGGAGACACGGACGUGCCUGGAGAACCACACCUGGAGUGGACAGCAGCCCUCCUGCAAAAGUUGGGCCACGCUCAGCAACGCCUCCUUCAGCCGCCAGCCCCGCUGCGCCGACAACCCGCUGGGCUCGCGCCAGUGCAGCUGCGAUGCCGGCUUCCAGAUGCGGGCGGGAGGCCUGUGCCAAGAUGUGGACGAGUGCCAGACCUUCCAGUCCAGCCCCCACACCCGCAUCUGCCUCCACGAGUGCGUCAACCUGCCCGGCUCCUACCAGUGCGUCUGCCCCAGCGGCUACUGGAUCCAGACUGACCAGAAUACCUGCCACGAUCUGGAUGAGUGCGCUGAGAACCAGCACAACUGUAGCCAUGGACAGUCCUGCGUCAACACCUUCGGAGGCUUCCGCUGCGUGCGCCCCGAGUGCCCGAAGACUCAGCUGAACACCAGCUACGUCAAGACUUCAGCCUGGCAGUGUGAGCGCAGCCCCUGCCCCAUGGACAGCAAGGCCUGCCAGCGGGCCGCCCACUCCAUCUCCUUCCACUACUUGCCGCUCCAGUCCAACCGCGGCGUGCCCAGGGUCCUCUUCAAGAUGUCCACCAGCCGCUUUGUGGGGGACAGCCUGCGCUUCGCCAUCCUGGGGGGCAACGGGCAGGGCAAGCUUGCCGUGCAGCGCUCUGACCAGCACACAGGGGAGCUGGUCCUCACCCGGCCGGUGGUGGGGCCGGCCACACUGCAGGCCGAGCUGGAGAUGAGCGAGUACGCCCAGAAGAGCCUUCUGGGGAAGCACAUCUUCAAGAUCACGGUCUUUGUCUCCCAGUACGAAUUCUGAAUCAAUUCG